GACAUCAGAACGGACAGGCGGCAGCGGAAUCCCGGGAGAGGAGGGCAAAAAGAAAUCAGCAACAAAACAACAAGUGACGACACCUAGGCUAACAUUAGACACAAACUCACACACAGCCACCAAAACAACAAAAACAAGAAGAAGAAGAAGAAGAAGAAGCGCACGGUGCAGGCAGCGGGCUCUGUGCAUGACACUUUCAGCCGCUUUGAGUGUGACGUGUUGAGGCAGGGGAAACUGGAAUCCCCUGCUCACUCUGCAACUGCAAGUGUUUCUGAUCGUUCUCACUGCUCACAGCCGACCGUGUUCUGAGUGACCAUGAUUGGGUACCACAAGGCCUCAAGUGCCCUAACCCUCCUAGUCCUCCUGAUGGGGGUGUCCCUCCUCCAGCUGUCCACCCAAAAUCCCAUCAAUGCCCCUGGAGAUGUCAAUUACCCACACAGAGACACUCCUCCUACAAAGGAUCCAGAGACAGGAUCAAUGCAGAAAGAAGAGGCAGAGGAAGAAGAGGAGCUCUUUAAGGAUGUGGAUCCCAAAACACUAGCGGCGGUUUUACUUGAGGCACUGAAUCACUCGUGGGUAGGGGAAAAGAGGGAGGGAAGUGAGCGCAACGAUGAGAUGAAAGAUGGAGAAGAAAUGAAGGCUGAGACGGAGGAAGCUACAAGAGAAAAAGCUUACAGAGGAGUGAGAACGAUGGAGACGGAAGGAACAAACAGAGACAGAGAUGGCCGACAGGAGCUGGAGCUGCUGAUGGCUGCGCAGGGGAAGGAACGGGAAAGGGAGGAGGAAGAGGAGAUGAAGAGAGCUCAGGAGGAAGAGGAAAAGAUGACAGAAAAGGUGACCAGUCAUACAACAAGUCAGACAGUCCAGGUCCAAAGAGAGCGGCAACCCGCUAGUUUGGACGGAAGAGGGGAGAACGGGCAGAGUGCCGUCGCCCCAAACACACCAGGACAAGGUAGCAAUGAAGAGGAGGAGCAGCUCAGCCCAGAGGAGCUGAUGAACCUCGAGACCAUGAUGAAGGAGUUCCCUCGUUUAAACGCCGCUACUAAGAGGGACGGCGAUUCGGAGCUUAACCAGAGAGAGAGCCGAGGCUACAGCAACUACAACGACGUCGUACCGAUCGGCAAAGGCACUGACCUCGCCAUGACUAAGAAGAAACUGAAAUGGCAAGAGGAGACACAGAAAGGCCUGAACUUCCCAACAUUCAGGGGAGGCAACUUCAUGGACGACUUUGAUCAUAACAACAAUUACGCCGGCGAUAACGCAGUGCAACCCCAGCUUCCGACAGAGCAGGAAGCGAUGGAAGAUGACGAACCCGCGGAGGAGGAAGAGGAGGUGUUGAGUCCCGAGGAAGAAGAGGCUCGGGCUAAAGCGGAGCAGGAGGAGAUGAGGAGGCAGGCGGCCGAGGCACAGAGAGCCAAGAUGGAGGAGGAGAAGUUGGCCGACAUCGCCUCGGACAUGCUGCUGCGCUACAUGGUCAAACAGAACAACGGGAACAGGAAGUAUAGCGCGUCUCUGUCCAACGCCGCCGAGGACAAGCGGUCCGACGAGGAACAGGAAGCGACGGAGGAGGAUGACAUAGACCCCCAGACCAUCGACAAGCUGAUUGAGAUCUCCAACAAGCUCCACCUCCCCGCCGACGACGUGGUGGACAUCAUCAGUGACGUGGAGAAGAAGAAGAAGAAAGACGUGCCGCCUGAGACUGCGUCUCGUUGGCAACGGCCUCCAACGCCACUGUCGUCUCCUUUCUUGUCAACCAAAGGUUUUUCCGCGUCGCAGACGCCAACCAGUCAAAAUGGCUUCCCCGUCCCUAAGCAACCCUCUCCAGCUGUCAAUCUCCUCAAAACAUGGUUGCAGGAGAAAUCGCAAACCAAAUCGCAGGAUCUUUGGAACAAACCUUCAAAGCCUCUGUUAGCCAGUCCUAAUCGUUGGCCCAAACCUCAGAAGCCUCUGUCAAUCAAGCAGGACCUCUGGCGCAAAUCCCCCAAGCCUGUUUGGACUGGAUACCCUUUGUACCCCUACAAAUACCCAUCCUACUACCAGAGGAAGCUGUACCCAGACUACUACCCCAUCUAUUAUCCUCCUCCACCCAGACCCAAACCCCGUUACUACAUCCCCAACAACUUCCUGGGAAAUUCCGUGGAUGACACCUACUCCUUGCCUCCCAGGCGCCGUUACCACAGCUGGGUCCAACCUCGGCUGAGACACCCCCCCGUCGGCCUCCAGCAGAGGCCGUACUACGCCAGCUACCGCUAUCAGCCGCUACCCAUCCCCAAACCUCGUUCUUCUCCUCCUCGAAUGCCUGUGAUCCCUCCACAACAGAAGUUCUAUUACUCAGUCCCGGCAGCACCCGCCGAGACCAGAAAUGAAGAUUAUGACUCUGGUGGAAAGCAGCCAGACAGCAGCAAGCAUGACGACCUGGAGGAAUACAUUCAGCAGAUACUCAUGAAGGGACAAAUGUUGGAAUGAAAGAGGAGAGCAGUGCGAAAAUAGGGGAAAUGCUAAUUAGGAGAAAUGGGCAGAAAAGUAUUUCUUCAUGAAUUUGUUUUGCUGGUAUUUGGUUUUGUUUAAUGUAACAAGUUUCUUCCUCCCGUUUUGAUUGGUUGUGAUGUGGACACGGACAUUCAGGAGGCCAUUUUAUCCAGCUGUAGACUGGAUAAAAUGUACUAUUGUAGGAAAAGGACAGAAAAGACACAGAUCUACACUCCUCUGUGAAGGAGGGCAAACUGGAUGAAUGCAUCUGUUGAAAAGCAUGAUGCAGCAAUGUCUUGUUUCAUGCUAGAACUUUUCAUCCAAACUUCCGGCAUGACAACAUUCUCCAUUGGGACAUUUGACAAUGCCAACAAAGGAGGACGCUUGAGUAUGUCGUUACCUGAUCUUGUGAAAAAGUAUAUUUUUCUGAGUCAGAGGGUCGGAUCAAUAGUAGGCAGUGAUAGAUGCUUAGAAAUGUGUGAUGACUAUCUGUGUAAUUGUCCCAGGCAGGGGAAUUUGAAAACUUUUUCAUGAACAAUCUUUCUGUAAAUUACCUCCACUAAAUGGCCCAAACUAUGUGGACGCCAAACAUUCCAGCCGUAUGAUUUAGACACAAGAGUAUUAAUGACAUCCAACCAAAGGGCCAAAACUAAACUGUUGACGGGAGGCGGGACUCUCACUGUUAUCUAGAACAUCAUUGUUUCCUAGUGCUUUAAUAUUUCCCUUCUUUGGCACUAAGGGGAAAAGCCCAAACCAGGAAAAACGUCCCCAGACCACAGAGCGUCUCUAUACUUUUGGCAGUAUGGUGUAUCAAGUGACACAUCUAUCAUCUGUCAGUGAAGAAAUCAAAAUCACAUAUGUUCUUGAAAGGACCUCAUGCCAUUGAAUACAUUUUUAUGCAGAUGCAUAAUUUUUGUGUUAUUUGUAUAAAAAUGCAGCAUAAGCAUUUCCGCAGAAUAGCACUUUCUAGUUAUGUAUACUCACACAUAGCCCCCAAAGCGCUUUAUGAUGAAAUAUAAGGCUCCGAAAAGCAUAUUUCAUACAAAGGGCUUUGGAAGCCACACUUACACCACUAUAAUGGCUUGGAUGACUCAUCCUUUUGCAUAACUUUGAUUACCUUGUUGCUAUGGUGCCAAACCCUGGCCAAACUCUAUAUGGCAUUCUUUUGAUGCCUUCAGAGUAGAAUACAGUGGUGGAGGCAUACUGUUCUUUUACUAAACACAUGCAUUUUAAAGGAUAAGGCUGGUGUUAUUCUCUAUUUUAUUCUACAUCACCAAUGUAUUUAAUACUUUGUGACUUUCCUACCUUGUCUGUAG